AUGAAUAUUUCGUCAUCACUGCGCAAGGUCGAAGCGAGACCUUGGGCUUGCUUAUCGGCAUCUGCUUCUGCAAUACUCGAGCGCAAGGAGUACUGGAUAGUACGAGGACGAGCUAUAGUGGAAAACAACUUGACAUGGGACCUGAAGGCCUUUGAUUCAGUUGAGAUAGAACCAGUCUUGGAAGCCCUUGAUAGUCAAGGAGUCCCUACUCAGUACAUAAAAAUUUUUCGUGAGCUGUACAAAAAUUUCGCAGCCAAGGUAUCACCAUUCUACGACGAUAUUUACAUCGACGUCAAAAGAGAGGAGAAAGAAAUUGAGACAUUCACGACAAAAUUUGAUGGAGAAAAUGGACCGGAUGUUUUCGCGUUCUUCAAACGAACAAUGAAGGAAUUUGAACGAAACGAACCGGAACUCUACCUUAAAAUGGUUGGGAAUUUGAGCCCUAGUGUGGCUAAGACUUUCCAAAACCUUAUUAAGGUAAGCAUGAGUGCGAACAGCAUGCAAAAUCUUAAGGAUCGAGGAAGGUUGAACAACCCGGUGGAUGCAGUUUUGCUGCUGCGGCAGUCGUACUGA